AGAAUGAGUGAAUUAUUGAUAUCUCAAUAUUUUAAUGAUUUUUACAAUGAAAGAUGAAGAACUAUUCUCACAAUUAUGAAGAAGAACCGUAAUGAACAGUCAAGAAUUUGAGGGGAUGUUUGCACAACUAAAAAGUAUAGGGUUAAAAACUAAAUUAUUCAAAACUUAAAGGAUCAAACAUGUGAAAAAUCCAAAAUUGGAAAUUGAGGUUCUCGAGCCCAUCGUUGAGCGGGUCAGAGUUCGAAGAAGGUCUCAAGGUGGGUGACGAUCUGAAAUCACGGAGGAGUACAGCGUUAUGCUGAAUCGAGACGACGAUGAGGAUCUUGAACGGUGAUGCCAUGACGGAGAAGACACGGUCAAAGGAACAUCAUCGAAUAUAUAAACGCCGUGACAAAAGAGCCUCAUCGGAGAAAUCACAAACGCGGCGACGGAGGAGGUUUAAUUUAAGAGAUAUUAUUUAAAGUGGGUUUAAUUGAAAUUUCGAUUGUUGAGCUGUUGAACUUUAACAACGAAGGAAUCUGCAAAACAGAGAGUGAGAAGUAAAGAUGUUGCGUGGUGGAAGAAAAGAGAGAGAUAAUUUUACGUUGAAAUUGUUGGAGAACAAGAUAAGAAAAGAGAAAAAAAAAUUGAUUUGUGGCCACAUAAAUUAAUUCUCUUAUUUUAGUUGAGUUUCAAUUAGAAAUAAUAGAAAAGAGUAUUCAUGGAUUUUCAUACGUUAGGAACAAGAGAGAAAAUGUUGAAAUGAGAGAAAAAUGUCUUGAUAGCAGAAAGCCAGAAACUGUCUUAUAGUGAAAUAAUAAACUUAAACCUGUCUCUCAGCGUAAUUAUUCGGUGCGGAGAAUAACUUCCGAUCCUAUUCUUACAGAUAUGAUACACACGGUUGCACGAGAUCACCACCCUCUUAAACUAAAAAUUAAAUAAUUUCAGAAGACACGUUCCUCUUCUUACCAAACCGACUUUGUAGUUUCUUCUUCUUUUCCAUUGCACAAAACGAAAAAAACGACAAGAUAUUUUUAAAAAAAUAAAUAAAAUAUCUAUCGACUCGCUAUUUAUUUCUUGUUUAUUUCGUCUCGGAUUAAUUAAUUUCCGAAUAUGAACGAUCCAAUGGGAGAAACUGGAUUUUCUGGAGAAUCGGCGGAGAUGGUCUUCUCCGAGACGGAGAUGGCGGCGGCAGAACUGCUUAUGCAGCUGAGCGAGGAAGAAACGGUGAGCUGUAGCAGCAGCAACGUCGGAGAAAGUGGAGGAGGUGGCAAGAGAAGACACGAAGAUGUUUGCUCGAGAAUCGGAAACGACGGCGUAAAAGGCAAUUGUAAUCUUGGCCGGAAGAUGAAGAAGAUGAAGGAAAAAAAGUUUCGAUCUCUCGAGAGUAUUUACAUGGCAACGAAGGAGAUUAGGGCUUAAUUAAUGGAAGAAAGGGGAUGGAAUAAUUACAUGUUAAUCGUUUUCAAUAACCUGUGUCAAUGGUUUUUGUGGCGCUUAAUCUAACGUUGGAGCUUGAGGACGUGUGAUUAGGCCUGGGACGGAUCGGAUAUCCGGGCAAUUUUAAGGUUCUUAUCCGGCGGAUCCAUAAUUUUAUUAUCCUUAUCCGGAUCUGGGAUUCUCGGAUAUCCGGGUGUCGGAUAUCCUUCUAAAAAUUGUAAUAUCCGGCGGAUAUCCGGAUCCGGAUUUGGAUCCUUAAAAUAAAUAA